AUGAAGGAUCUGAUCAAGUACGCCCUCGUGGCCGUCCUGGCUGCCGAGGCCUCGGCCAACCCGCACCAUCACCGUCACCGCCACAUCAAGAGAGAUGCUGUCUCGCCCUUCCAGCAGGACAGGGCAACCAAGGGAAUGGGGGUCAUCUUUCAGGAGGUUGUCAAGGACGACAAUGGGAAUUCCGAAAUAAAGCCCAUGGACGAGAACGAGGCCCGAAAGUGUCUCAAGGACGGGACUUGCUAUCCCGUGACCGACGAGACGUCCAACGCCGUGCCGAACCCUCCCCAACGGGCUCCGGCAAGUUCUUCGCAGGCCGUGCCUCCGCCGCUCUCGGCACCGAUUAAAGACUCGCCUCCACCGCCACCCCCCAACGACUUCAAUCGUGAAUUUCAGAUGGGCAAUUUCCCAUGCUCCGAAUUGCCACCCGGGUAUGGCUUAGUUCCAAUUACCUGGCAGAAAGACAACGGCUGGGCCGGCAUCCAAAAUGUCACUGGCUACAAUCCUGACUCCGACCAGAAGACUUUACCAUUCGGACUCACUCCACCCGACAACAAGGGCUGCACCGAAGGCCUCAUGUGCUCUUACGUCUGCCCUCCUGGCUUGCAAAAGACUCAGUGGCUCACAGCGCUUGGUACGAAAAACCAGUCCAUCGGUGGCCUCUACUGCAACUCCAACAACAAGCUCCAACUCACCCGUCCGUCCGCGAAAUCGCUCUGCGAAAAAGGCGUUGGGGGUGUCUUUGCCUAUAACAACCUGGAUCGCAACAUUAGCAUUUGCCGCACUGACUACCCGGGAACUGAGAAAAUGGUGGUCCCCACGGUCGUAGGCCCUGGCCAAAUGGUUGAACUCACCAAUCCGGACCAGACAGAAUAUUUGUGGCAGGCCAAGAAGACGUCUGCCCACUACUACUUGAACCCGCUGGGUGUCAAUCAGGAAGAGGCUUGCGUCUGGGACAGUCCCGACGACAAGCUCAAAGACAAGGCGGGCGACAAAGCCCCCGUUGUUCUUGGCACUGGCUUCGAUCCGGAUGCCAAGGCCUCCUUCCUCAGCGUUGCCUCCAACAACCCCAGAAGUGCUAUCGACUUCAAGAUCGUCAUCAGGGACGGCACCAGCACCGGGUCUCCGUUGUGCGAAUACGAGGAACCGACCCCGACGGCUGGCAAGGGCUGCACUGUGUCCUUGCAGGAGGGAAAAGUGGCAGUCUUCAGCUUUGAAUAA